AUCAAAGAAUCCCAUCCCACUAUUUCCUUCCCGGUCUUUUAGUUAUUAUUAUUAUUUUUUUCUCUGACCCUUCUUUUCCUUGGAGUAUCAACUUGUCAAAGUUGCACAGUUCCGCGUUUCUAAUAAAUUUUGGUUGAGCCCAGUCAAAAAUUGAAGAGUAAAAUUUGAUACUUCCCCGAAAUAGAUAUCUUUCCUUGCUGGCUGUCCAGCUGUGAUCUCGUUUGCUCUUUUCUCCACAUUACACACCCAGACCUAGUUCAUCCAAUCUGCUGUUUGGUUGCUGAGAAAAGAGGACAAGAGAAAGCUAAAAUUUUGGAUCUUCCCUGUUUGUUGAUUUGCUUCUGUGGAUUGCAGUUCAGCUGAACAAAGUCAUUUGAUCUUGUAAAGCUCAGCUGAGAGGUACAAGAUUGAACAAGAGAGAGAUAGAGUAUUUUCUCCGCAACUAAGCUUAGCUGCAGGGGUGAGUUUGCUAUCCGUUUACUUGAUAUAGUAUGAACGGAAACUACAGCAAUGCAAGUGCGAGUUCAAGCUCGAGUUUAAAUAGCAGCUCCCAUGACGCAGAGGAUGACCAAGCAAUUGCAACUAUGUUGGCAGAAGACGAAAAGCUCAAAAUUGAUCACAGAUUGGGGAAAAGGCUCUCCCACUUAGAUUCCAUUCCGCACACUCCUCGGGUUAAUGGGGAGAUAAUACCUGACGUGAAUGAUGCUACCCAAGACCAUGAGCGGCUGUUAGAAAGGUUGGCUACAUAUGAUUUAUCUGAACUGCAGAUUGAGGGUGAUGGAAAUUGCCAGUUUCGAGCAUUAGCAGAUCAGUUGUUUCGCAAUCCAGAUUACCACAAGCAUGUACGAAAACAGGUGGUAAAGCAGCUAAAGCAUCACAGAAAACUCUAUGAAGCUUAUGUCCCGAUGAAGUACAGACACUACCUGAAGAAGAUGAAGAAAGCCGGGGAGUGGGGAGAUCAUCUUACCCUUCAGGCAGCUGCAGAUCGAUUUGGAGCCAAAAUCUGUGUAAUCACCUCUUUUCGAGAUGCUUGCUAUAUUGAGAUCCUUCCUAAAGACAGGAAUCCUACCCGAGAGGUUUGGCUGAGCUUUUGGAGUGAAGUGCAUUAUAACUCGUUGUAUGCAAGUGCAGAUGUUCCGACAAGAAAUCCCAGAAAGAAGCAUUGGCUGUUCUAGAUCUAGGGUUAUUUCAAAUGGUCAUCAGUUUCGGAAAUAUACAAGUUAUAUAUUAGCAAGUAUACUAUGGUCAUGGGCAUUGUAACUUGGUGUAAAUUAACACGAAUUCCAGAUAUUUCUUUCAAAGUUUAUCUCUGUAUGCCCAAAAUUAGAAUUUAGAUAUCUGUAUAUAAAAGUUACAAAGGAUCCCCUAGCUUUUCAACGACAUCGUUACCACCGGAUUCUUGUAUAAAGAGCAUGAGCCACGCAGAAAUUGAGUUCCUAUUUCAUUUGCAA